CCCCUGGCCUUCAAUAACGAUAUUUCGACAAUGGCAUCGCGAAGCGGUUCCGAGGAGAAGAAGCCCCGGCGCCAGCAGACACAGACGUACGAGUCCGAAGGCGAGGAGUCGGAGGACUACCAGCCCCUCCGCCAGAGGAGACGCAACCAGCGGCAGCAGCGAGGCGGCCAGGGCGCGCUCGACAACCUCGCCCUCGACAACGUGCGGAACACGGCAGGCGGGGUCGUCAACACAGCGACGAACACGCUAGGGGGCAUAGCCGGAAACGCCGUCGACCAGAAGGGCGGCCGAAAGAGCGACACGCUGAGGCUCAGGUUGGAUCUCAAUCUCGACGUUGAGAUCACGCUCAAGGCCAAGAUCCAUGGUGAUCUGGAACUCGCUCUCUUGUAA